CAAACGCAGACAGGGCCCCGUCUUCAGUCGCUGCUCCUGUAUUGCGAGGCAAGGUUCAACAUACGGGUUCCAACCUCCUCCGGCGACGGACGUCGAUCCUCCGCCGUUGACGGCCUCCCCGCACUUCCCCUCGCGAACCCCCCGCCAACGGACCGGAUCCUCAACCCGACCGCAUUGCCGACCCAGUAGCAGAUCUUCCAGACCACGAUGUUUCCUUGUUGGCCAUUUUGCAGAGCAUCAUGGCCCCUGCUGGCCUUGCCACUCCUCGCGGAGGUGCCGGCUACAUAUGCUCAGGACGCCCAGGUGCGUUCCCGCUGCCUCGAUGAUGUGAAAGACCUAGGCGAGUCUGAUACCACCUCCAGCAACCACUCACAGAACCCUCCGACAUGGGUGUCAUUCGCAACAUUUUGCCUGCGGGCCUCGCCCUGGCUACCACGGGCGCCGCGCAGCUGACGAGCCCCGGCGGUGUGGGCCGUCUGCCUGCCUUGGGGUGGAACUCAUGGAACGAGUACGGGUGCGACAUUGAUGAGAGCGUCUUCCUCAAGGUCGGCCAUCACCUCGUGGACUACGGACUCAAGGAUCUUGGAUACGAGUACGUCAACAUUGACGAUUGCUGGAGCGACAAGGUGCUACGGAGAGACAACACAACAAAGGAGAUCAUUCCCGAUUACGUCAAGUUCCCCAACGGCAUCAAGCACAGUCGCGGAUGA